CUCGGUUCAAGGGAAAGUAAAAUCUGGAGCCAAGGAUGGUAGUUUAAGAUUAGAUCAUUUUUACCUCUUAAAAUGCAAAACUGAUUUAUUUUAUACUCAUUCAAGUGGGCCAAAUCAGGGUUUUAUUUCAGUCACAAUGCCAGACCAGGGCAGAACAACAUUUCAAUUUCUUUCUUGGUGCUAGGGCGACCUUCUAGUACGGAACAGCAGUACGAACACCGGCGUUUGAUUUGCCACCGCCAUGGUAACUGAAACAAAAUGGGACAUGGGCAAGCUGGCGGCCCCACCCCCUCUGGUCAUGUGACCGCAGGGUACACAGUCUCUAAUCCGGGCAGGUGACAGGAAUACUAAUGUGUUGCUUGUUGGCACACAGCUUGCAAAUGACAGUGGCUUGGGAACCUAUAGCAGUAAAGGAUAUCUAAGGACAAACCAGAAGAAGGGAGCACAGGAUUCUUACAUGCACAUCUUGCGUUAUAUGCUUCCACGCAGAAAUACUGAAGAAGCCGACUGCUGCCCUGGUCUCCUUUAUUGUCUCCCUGAUCGGGUGGUAGGACACAGCCCUGUGCAUGGACCCCUACACUUCCCAGUAAUCUCUGUCAAACUGGCCUCCCCCGGGCUGCCGCACAGCCAGCUCCCACUGCCCACUCCCCCCAGCCCAGGCCGGGACCCCCCUCAGCACUUGGACCCCCAAGAGCUCUCCUCGAGCAUUGCCAGCCAGUUCGAGGAGGAUGAGGGACCCCUGUUCUUCACUGUAUCCAGCAACAAGGAAGGCAGGGCCUUCCGCGAUGUCUCCACCCUGACAGACGUGUGUAACAGUGAGAAUGUCCCGGAGGUGGAGAUUAUCAGCUUGCUGGAGGAGAGGCUCCCGAGCUACACUCUGCGGGCAGACUGCCUGUUCGGUUACGACCACGAUGACUGGCUGCACACCCCCCUGCUGCCCCCCGAGGCCGGACUGCAGCUCACCGCAGAGCAGAUCGAGGAGACUCUCAAAUACUUCCUUUUGUGUUCCGAGAGGGUUGGCCAAGUGACGAAAACAUACCAUGACAUUGACGCAGUGACACAUCUGUUGGAUGAGAAAGAGCGUGAUCUGGAAUUGGUGGCCCAUAUCGGUCAGUCUCUCCUCAAACAGAACCGCUCUCUGUCUGAGAGGAACGAGUGUCUGGAGGAACAGCUUGACAUGACCAAAGAGGAGAUUUCUCAGUUGCAACAUGAAGUCCAGGUGAGAGAGGACCUCCUGCAGCUGUACACCAGCAGUGCGGAGGACAGUGAGGCCUGCUCUGUGACGUCCACACUACUGAUACACAACGAAUCGACCACCUCACUCCAAAACUACUUCCACUUCGACAUCCUGCAGCAGAAACUCAGCGGGCUGGAGGAAGAGAACGUGAAACUACGUACAGAGGCUACGGACUUGGAAGCUGAAAUGACAAACUACGAAGAGCAGGAGCAGCAGUUAGUGAUCGACUGCGUUCAGGAACUGACGUCGACCAGCAAGCAGAUGGCAGUGCUGUCGGAGGAGCUGUCCUGCAAGGUGGAGGACACAGUGAGGCAGCAGGAGGAGAUCAGUCAGCUACUGGCCCAGAUUGUGGACCUCCAGCAUAGGGUCAAGACGCUGUCGACAGAAAACGAAGAGCUGAACCAGCAUUUGCGCGCCACGAAAGAAGUCCAAGGACAACUGAAAUCUGAGCUUAGCGAUCUCCAGGAGAAGUAUUCAGAGUGCGAGAGCAUGCUCCAUGAAGCACGGGAGGAUAAUAAGAACCUGCGGAACAAAAGCCUGCCCAACAGCACCAUCAACCAGUACAGCGCCCUCAACAUCUUCCCCAUGGACUCCCUGGCCGCGGAGAUUGAGGACACCAUGCGCAAGGGGCUGGACAGCCCUGUGCCCGCCGAGUUCAAGAAUCACCACAAGCGCGUGUUUGAGACGGUCAAGGCUGUGAACCAGAUGGCCAGGCUGCGCUCCCAGUGUCACUCCCCUCAGAUCUCUUCUUCCAAUCAGUCCUCUGCUGCCCCCUCCACCCUGUCCAGCCGGGUCAGCACACCUCGGACCAGCUGCUAUGGCUCGGACAAUGCCAGCUUGAUCCUGGAUGACAAGCCACCGAGCAGCCAGCCAGUGCCCAACGCCACACACUCCGAGGGGCAGGAUAAGAGGCUGGGGCAGCCCGGCACUCCGGGGGGUCACGACCUGGAAAUGGCCCUGCGUCGGCUGUCUGUUCUGCAGGAGAGUCACACCUCAGAGCACUCUUUCUUCGACGUGGAGCGCGAGCGCAAGCUGAGGGCCCUGGUAGCCAACACGGACCCCUCCAGCGGAUUCCUCACCCCCAACGAGAGCGUCCUCUCCACCGGCACCAACUACUCGGGCAGCUCCGGCCACACCGCAGGCUCUGGCUUCUCCACUGGCUCCCAAUCCUACCUGCCAGACCGGCUGCAGAUCAUAAAGCCACUGGAAGGUUCGAUGACCCUACUUCACUGGCAGCAGCUGGCCCAGCCCAACCUGGGCGGCAUCCUGGACCCUCGGCCCGGAGUGCUGACUAAGGACUUCCGUCAGCUGGACGUCGACCUACAGGAGGUGUACAGCCUCAAUGACCUGGAAGAGGACGAGGUGGACCUGGGUUCGUUCAGGACACUGGCCAGCUCCUCCCCACUGCCUGGCCGCCAAUGCAGCACGGUGUCUCAGUCCAGUAACAACCUGCCCCAGACCCCGCCCACCAACACCAUCACCACCUGUCGGAUCAUGCAUCCCUCAGUGGAGCACACUUCUGUCACACAGAGCUUUCUUAAUAGAGGUCUGCCCUCUUGUGGCAGCUUUGGGAAGCUAAACGCUGCCCAGGCCGGCUCCAAUCCCAGGAUUUUCCGCUCUGAGUCCUCCACUAACCUGCGGGAGCACACCAAGACACUCAGCACUUCCCUGGGGCUUGUUCGGCUGUUGCAGGACUGCGGGAUUUCAGCCGCCAUCUACACUCCAGCAGCCGGGGAAGAGCUAAGGGACGCCCACUUUGGAGGAAUCUGUCCUGGCGAGAGACAAUCGAAUGAGACACUGAGACAAGCUACCUCCCCCAUCAUGUUGAAGUGUAACAGUCCGCUCGUUAAGAUUUUCCCAGGCUCACGGCUGGCUAGGUCUGUUCUAGAGUCCGUGCACGGGGGGGAAUACUUGGGAAGUAAAGACAAUAUUUUCAGUUUAAACUUAGUGGAGAAGUUGCAGGGCCUGGGUUUGGACAAGGUGGUGGCGAGAGGAGUGAUUUCAUCCAAGCCGCUGAACGCAGGGUAUCAAACCCAGGCAACAGGCUGAAGAUUGCUGUAGAUAUUUUGUCCUCCAGGGGAUGAUGUUAUAAUAAGUGCACGGACUGAGCAAUAUUUAAAGGGGCACUUUUAAAAUACUGUCAUGUGUGUUAGUCUUCACCAAUGAACUUUAUUUUUAAUAAUAAAAUUAAAUUGUACAUAUGAAUCUUUUACAUGUUACUAUAUAUUAUUGUAUUAUUAAAUAGAAAAUACACAGACGUUUCAGAGACAGUAAAUUAAUUGCAAGCCACACAUUUCAGUCCUCAAAUGUCAUUUGAAUGCAUGUGUUAUGUAAUAUUAUAAAUGCUAGAUUGAGGCAUCACAGUGGUACUAGACUGAAUCAGAAAGUAUCCGAAUGGGGAACUGCAGUGUAUUGUGAGAAUAAUCACUCAAUUGUAUAUUACCGCUGGGGUGCAGCUCAUUUCAAGAUCUGUUUCUAAAGGUAUUAUCAGAGGUCAUGGAAAAGUAAGCAUGGGAAGUUUUUAAAGAAUGUAAUUUUAAUAUUGUAAAAACCACACAACAACAAUGCCUCUGCAGCAGCCCUCAAAUCCUAAAACUGUUCUUUUGUUUGUGCCUUAUUGUGUUGAUCAGUCUAUCAAGGAUAAGCAGGGGACAGGGUGGUGGUAUGGGAACGUACAUAAAAAAAAACUUCUUUGUUGAUUUGCAGCUUGCGGAUUGUACCAGACUGCUAGUGCACCCUUUAAAUGUUGCUCUUGAAUUUUUUUCCCCACCAAAAGAAAAGAAAAGAGACAUUUCUCUAAGCAGACCCUUCAAGAGGAUCGGAUCGGAAUUAACCUUGCGAAAGCCGAACUCUUCCUAUGCUUUAAAAAAUAAAAAAACAGCAAUACCUGUUUUCUUUCAAG